AUGGAGGUUUUGAAAUGGGUCAAGGAUUUGCAUACAAAGGUUGCUGCAACGGCCUUUAACAUUCCCCUUAGUUCGGUUUUUGUGUCAGAAACAAGCACAUACAAGGUUCCAAAUGCCUCACAAACUGUUAUUGCUCUCUUGUCUUUUUGA